GGGCAAUGUUGAUGCAACUUGAUAUCAUCACGUGAUGAUUUUUUCAUACUUACUUUAUGGCUUCAUUUCCUUAGCUGAUUUUCUCACAACAAGGGCAUUUUCAUAUCAUUACAAUUUUUUUCCAGAAUCUUGAUGUAUUCAUGAAUAAUUAUUUUCUCAUUUUAAAGUGGGAGUGUACUUAAAACACGAGGAAAUUAAGACUACUUGAGUCCAAAGUCCAGAUACGUGUUUUGAAAUUACCGCAGUAAAAGUUGACACUCGUUAGAAUAAAAGUAAAAAAUGGCAUCCGGUGUUCGAAGUCAACUUGCAGGCUUAUCAAGUUCUGGGGGCUCUCAUAAAGAUUUAACAGAGAAGUAUAGAGUAAUUUUAGAAAAUGUUUUGAAGUUGCCACCAGGAGAGAUAGUUGAUGCUGUCAAAAUAUUCAUAGAAGCAAUUGUGAAUGAAAAUGUGAGCCUUGUGAUAUCUCGACAGAUUCUAAGUGAACUAUGUAACAAUGUCACAAAGUUGGACGAUACCAUCUCAAUGGAUGUGUCACAUUUCAUACUGGAGAAAAUACAACCAAGAGUUAUAUCAUUUGAGGAACAGGUUGCAUCAAUACGCCAGCACAUGGCCGAGAUGUAUGAGCGCGAGGAGAAGUGGAACAAGGCAGCUGUGACUCUUGUAGGCAUCCCACUGGAGACGGGACAGAAGCAAUAUUCAAAUGACUACAAACUAGAGACAUAUUUGAAGAUUGCCCGCCUGUACCUUGAGGAUGAGGAUCCUGUCCAAGCAGAGGCUUAUAUAAAUAGAGCUUCACUUCUCCAGGCAGAUUCACAGAAUGAACAGUUACAGAUUUAUUACAAGGUGUGCUAUGCUAGAGUACUGGACUUCAGGAGAAAGUUCAUAGAGGCAGCUGCAAGGUAUAAUGAGCUCUCUUAUAAGACAAUAAUAGCAGAGGAUGAGAGAGUGCAUGCUUUGAAGAGUGCCCUGAUCUGUACUAUAUUAGCAUCUGCAGGUCAACAAAGGUCCAGAAUGUUAGCAACUUUAUUCAAAGAUGAGAGAUGUCAACAGCUUCCUGCAUACAGUAUACUAGAAAAAAUGUAUUUAGACAGAAUUAUUCGAAGCAGUGACCUCCAGGAGUUCUCUGCCUUACUUCUGUCUCAUCAAAAAGCAACCACAUCUGACGGUUCAACUAUUUUGGAUCGUGCUGUCAUUGAGCACAAUCUCUUAUCUGCAAGCAAACUCUAUAACAACAUAUCUUUUGAGGAGCUGGGAGCAUUAUUGGAGAUCCCUCCAGCCAAGGCGGAGAAAAUUGCAUCACAAAUGAUAACAGAGGGAAGGAUGAAUGGCUACAUAGACCAGAUAGACUCCAUUGUACAUUUUGAAGCCCGUGAAGCACUUCCUACAUGGGAUAAACAGAUCCAGAACCUAUGCUUACAAGUCAAUGACAUUAUAGAGAAAAUAUCCACACAUGCACCUGAAUGGAUGGCCAAGGCAAAUGAUGAGCAGAUGACUCAAUGAGAAUGUGGGGCUUACAUAUUUCAAUCCAUGGACUACAUUACAUGUAUGUGUUGCCUGGGGCUUACAUCUUUCACUUCAUGGAAUAAUGGUUUCAUGUUUUAAUCCAUACAAGAAAUAUCAAAUCACAUUGUUUGUAGUGACUCUGAUGAUGUGCUACAUAUAUAUGAACACAUUGAGAUUGAGUGUCCGCAGAGACAGAAUUUUACAUUUGGAUCCAACCAGUGUACAUUAUAUACACAAAACAUGAAAUGCAAGCCACAGUUGAGAGAAAGAAUUUGCCCCAAUUCAGAAAUGUUAAUUGUGGCUAUUAUGUAAACAUGGCAGUCCAAGACUGAACAGU